AUGAAGUGGUCGGAAGCACAUGAUGUACAUUUCUUGAAAGAAAUGACGUAUUUUGAGCCAUGGCUGCAUAAAAAGGGGAGCAGUGAAAGAGGCGAAGCUUGGGCUAACUUGGCUACACGUUUAGGAAAGUGCAAUGAAUUGAAAUUUCGGGUUACACAGAGGUCACUCAGAGACCGAUAUCUGCUGCAGGAGAGAAGGUACAAAAAGAAAGUUGUUGAAGAAGAAAAGAGCUCUGGGAUAUCCCCUGAAUUUACAGAAUUGGAUCAGUUAAUGGAGGAUAUUGUUACCAUGUUUGAAGAGGCUGACCAAGCUGAGGUGGAGAAGAAGAAGGAAGUUGAAAAGGAAGCUGCUGAAAUCCAAGAAGUGAGAAGAGUCUCUUUGGAGUCAUUUAAAGAAAGCAGAGAAAGAGAACACGAACAACCAAAGAAGAAGAAGAGGACAAGUGGUGCUGAUGCCAUUUCUUUCAUUAAAGAAAAAAUUCAAGUGGAAGGAAAACAGAAAGAAAGUGAAUUAGAGUUGAAAAAGCAGGAGAUGGAGCUAAAGAAGGAAGAAAUGAUAUGGGAAAGAAAUCUAAAAGAACAGGAACUGGAGAUGAGGAAGAAAGAACAUGAAGAAAGGGUAAGUCAGCAGCAGAACUCUGCUAAAUUACAAGAACAGACAUUGCAACAAAUGCACAACAUGAAUAUGGCAAUGUUGCAACAACAACAGCAACAAACCCAAACCCUUUUAACUUUGCUGCAAAAGUUUGCUAGCAAGUAG